AUAACCUCGAAAAUUUGAAGUGCAAUUUCAACCAGCAGACCUGUUCACAACCACAAGAUAGUGCACAAUUAUGUUAAAACAAUAAUAGUCUAAUUGACUUGAUUAGUCGGUAUAAGGAGAUAUGUUACUAAAAAACCGAAAAUUACAUGCUGUAUUUUAAAAUUGACGGGGUUUGCCGAGAAAGGAGUCAGGAAGCCUUCGAAGAAGCUCCCACCAGUUUGAUCAGAGAGACGGAUAGAGAGAGAUGGAGUGUGCAGCUAAGGGAAGAGGAACGCGAUGCACAGGUGGACCACCAACAAGACGCUGCGGUCGUUGUGGAGCUGUUGCUUACUGCUCCAUCUCCCAUCAGGUUUCUCAUUGGAGUGAACAUAAAGAAGAAUGUGCAAGAUUAGAGCAACAAAUGUUGAACUCGCAUAUCCUACAUGAUUUCCCAUUUACAUUUUCUAAUGAAUCUACGUUCCAGGUUUGCGAAAGGGAGGUUACUCGGUGUUCUUUCUUGAUGAAAAGAGACAUUCAUCAUGUUGGAGUGUGGAAAUUUGAGUGUAGUUGUUGGACAUCAAAUACUUCUUUUGAUUACUCGAGUGGCAGGGAUAACGAUGGUUGGGGUCUUCCAAGUGACUUAUGCCCAUGUCGUGACCCAGUAAAUCCAAUAUCAACUCAAUUGAGUAAUUGGAAGGACUAUUAUGAAUGGAGGUGUCUUCCGUUGCAUUCACCUGCAGCUUUACUUCUACACUGGCCACUUACCAUAUUUCAUGCUGUUAAGCUUGCUGGUAUAAGUCACUCGACUUUCAAAGUUGCAAACAAACUUCAUAUACACUAUCUAGGGCCUGAUAUAGAGCUUCGUGAACUUGCUGUCUUUAGUGAACUACAUGCUCUAUUUCCUGGUCUUCAGGUGCAUAUAGAUUUUUUUGGACCAGAAGUUCCACAAUCGAGGGAUGACAGUAAAAUCAACCUCCACAGCUAUGCCCACUGUGUUGAUAUAGAAUGUGAUUGUAAGUCCCGGACUGAAGCUGAGUGGCGCAUAUCUGAUGGCACAACUGCUGCAGUGUCCUUGCAGUUUCACAAAGGUUUAUAUCAUGACCUGUAUAGAAAGUCAAAGAAGGACCCUGCUCCGGAUCUUAUUAUUGCUCCUAACGCUGGGAUUGCUGCUUAUCCUAGCUGGUUACCAACCAUUGAGUUGAUCAAGGAGAUGAAUGUGCUGGCGAUAUUCUCUGACUACUGCGAAGAAGCUGCACAUCUUGCUGCCUCUUGCAUUGGCACUGUAACGAAAUGCCCUCUAACAGUUCCUAUUCAGAUAAACCCAUUCAGGCAACCAAUGGCGGUGGAAGAUAGUGUUUUGUACCUUGCUUGCUAUUCAAAUUGCGUCCUCUUUGGUAUGUAAGGUAAACUCGGUGCUGAGGAAGCUUACAGAUCCAUGGAAAGAAAAGUUUAACACUGUGUAGGGGUAAAAAUUCCACUCAAGAGGCAAAAUGGAAAACUGAGGACCCAAGAUUGGUUACGGUUAUCUGAGAAAAGCUGCCAUUAAACUGUCUUUCUCGUCCUACAAACAGGCUGAUGAUUGCUAAAUUUUCUUAUACACCAUGGAGGUAGUGGUCAUCUUUGUAUUGGACUGAGCUCUUGCUUCCUUACUAAAAGUUCCAGCAUCAUGCUAGCAAGAGUUUGGCAGGCUUACAAGUGCAGGCUCAUAUGCAGAAACAUUUUAGAUGGCUGUGCAUACCAUUCAAGGAGCAACCCAACACAAGGCAACCUGAUCUUCAGCUUUAUGUCAACUAAUUUGUAGCAAAAUUUUCUGGAGUUCUCACAAUAGCAUCGAAGGGUAAUUUUUGCUGCUAAGAUGUGAUUGGAGUCGCACUAUAGUGAUCAUUUGACUAGACAUGGACACUACUGUUGGUGUUGGUAAUGUCUUAUUCCAAAAUAACCAGAUGUUCCCUUUUUUAUUUGAAACUGAAUUGUGAAUCACCAUACUUUGCAUACCUAGUAGAUUCAACUUAUUGCAAAAAUAAG